AUGAAUAAAUCGAUCAUAAGGAGGCUACGGUCAAAUGUAACUAUAAAGCGACUAAGUGUAAGCUAUAGAGAAUUAGCAACAGCAGCUCGACCUACCCAAGCUCGACCUAUCAUUCCUACUGCAUUCAAGCCAUCUCAACCUUGGGAAACAGAAUUGCUCGGUCUACCAAAUGAUCACCCACAUAACCCUCUCAUUGAUUUUUCAAAAGACGAAAUAGUCAAUUUAACACAAAAGGAAUAUCGUCAUUUGAAUGGCUUAUCGUAUGGGACCUUGGAAGAGAUGUCAGGGUUUUGCCUUAAUAUUAUAGAAAUAGUGCAAGAGAAAAUUACCGAAGAUCCUAGGUUAGUAUCCUGGCUCAUUCGUGAAAUUAACGAUACUACCCUUAAAGAAACCAUAACAAGUGCAUUAGCCAAAUCGUUCCAAGAUGACGAAGUUAAAUCAUGUAUUAUACAGUUCAUAAUAGAUCCCACAUCCACCGCAUUCCGCGUAAAGUUUUUCCAGGUAUUUAUGUCAAUACUUGAAUUGACGAAAGGUGAUAAGGCCCACAAGGGCCAUAUUCUUUUAAACUUCCUAGAAAAGCUAAGCAGAACUAAUGUGAUAAAUAGCAUGCCACUAUUAUUAUCUGGCCAACAGUAUCAUCAGAUACUAGAAAUAGUUCCACGUGAAAAACGAGCAGCACUCUUUCUGAGGAUGGUCUGUGUCAACCUUCAGACCAUUGCAACCAACAAGAUGGAACGGUUCAAGAAGAUCUUGUAUCAUGGUACUUCAAUCGAGAAGUUAAUUUCCCGAACUGGUUUACUUUUCCCCAAAUGGCAUGAUUUGCAUAAGACCGAUUUUGGAGAACAUAAUGAACGAAUAAUCGAGUUUUACACCGUGAAAGAUUUGUCUACUUAUUGUAACAUGUUUAUUGAUUCUGAAGAUCCUGCUAAUGCUAUACUUUAUUUGAAGUUUUUGCUUGAAAAAUAUGAAAGAAAAUAUUCAAGAGGAGCAUUUCUAAAAGGUGAUACAUCCCUUCAUGAAGAUACACAAUCACUACUUUUAGUUAUCUUAAACUUUGUAACAAAGUUUAAAGGAGUGUCUCAUUCGGCACAAGUCUUGAAAUACUUGACUGAGGAAGGAUUAACCGUUGAUUACGACACAUAUUUGCUUUUAAUGCGAAAUAUGCGAUUACAGGGAUAUUACAAUGAAGCUAUUGUAGUUAUGAAUAACAUCGAUUUAAAUGGUAUCUCUAAUAGUUUUAAAAAGAAAUGGGCAAAGGAAAUCAUGUUAUUAAUGAGAGCUAAGUUUCCUUCUUCUCCAAAGGUCAUUAUUGGAUACGCGGGAGCAUUAUAUGGAGAUGAAGCACACCGAGUUUUGGCACUUUUUAAUGAUUUAAAAAUCUUGCCAAUAGUGUAUUCAAAUGGUUCACUCGAGCCUUUACACUCUUUCGAAGAAGUGAAGCUUGCUCUGGUGGAUAAGAGCUUGACUGGGAAUAAGUUCACCACCGAGGUUCUUGCAUCCAUAUACAAUGUUUUACUUUCAUCUAUCCCGCUCGGAACAACAUUACCUCGGUUGAUUAAUAAACUUUUCGAGGAGUAUAUGAGGGUUAUUCAAACCCCUGAAACCACCCUAGAUGCCAACGAUGACGUCAUUCGAGUAUUCUUGAAGCAUCUCUUGAAAGAUACAAGUUCUACUGAGCUACAAGUUUCAACUGAAUAUGAAAACUUUGCAGUUGCAAAGAGAAUUUUUACAUAUUAUGAACGUGUUCCACUACCCUACGGCGAAAUCAAUCCGGUGAACAUCGACCUAUUGAUUCAAGCUGCGUUGCUAGUGCACAAAGACUACGAAUUUGCAACUAGAGUCAUGAAAUUAUACCGCAAAAAGCAAAGUAACCUUACAUUUCCUCAAAUAUACUCCUUUGUCAAAUAUCACCACGAGAAAUCCGAGUAUGACCUUGCUAAACAUUGGUAUGACGAGUUGGUACGUCAAGGUGCACAAUAUGUGGGUCCGUUAUACCGCUCGCUUUUCGAUAUAGCCCGGAAAAUGGAUUGGCCUGUUACUGGUCAUGCUUACAAAUGGGGGAUAACCAAGAAACAUCGUCGUGAUAGACAAGCGAUGGCUACUAUACAUAGUGGUAGUUUGAGUUUCCUUGGCAAAGAUUUUCCCCAGGGAGACCUUAAAUCUGGUCAAUCUGAACCUAACGCGGUUAAUUUUGGAAGUGAAUUGGCGGCCACAUUGCAUGAGAUUAAGAAACUAAAUAAGAGGACAUGUAAAUAG